AUGUCGCGAUCUACCGCCAUCAACCUAUCUGAGGAAGCUCUGUCUAGAGAAACACAGCUCUCCCUCCCGAUUCGCUCAAUCCAACAUAGCCAUUCCUCCGCUCAGACAGCAACCCUAAUACAUCAACGGCAAAACAACCUCGAGCAUUCUAACUUCGAACACAUCAAACUUACUCUAUGGAACUUGCCCGAGUUGAGCCUCGUGACUCACGGCAACCGAGCUCAAGUCAGAUGCAUCUCGCUUUCACUACAACUUGAAGGGGACAGUGGUCGCCUGUGGGAAGUUCCACCGCACAACAAGCGAUCCCCGCGCACAGCAGAUAACAGCGUUAUUACCACAGCAAUGCACGACCUAUUCUGGAUACUCAGCUCGUGGGGGUCUCAAAGACAACUCAAUUUAGAGAUCGAGAUCUACUCUCCCAGCCGAAAACCUUUUGAUUCUUUCGAGCAAGCUUUGACCCCUGCUGAUCGAGUUAUUCUAGGUAAUAGCUCGUCUGCAUUUUUGAACGCCGCUUGUGAGGAGCGCUGGUGGCAAACCUUACCGGAAGCCCCCGCCGUCACGAGCCUCCUCCUCAAAGUACGACAUGACCGAGCCUGGAGACCUAGGACACUCGACAACUUGGUUUCCCGUCUACCGAGCCUUGAAGAAUUCCGCUACGAGACUAUACCUCAGGACCCCGCUGCUGACUCUAUUCUGAUACACCACAACCCCUCGUUCUCUGCUAAGCGCUGGUCAAGAGCUUUAGCAUAUUAUCGUAGGAUUAGUGAGCAGUAUUUCACCGUGCCCUUCAAUGCUUGUGACGAUAUGUCCGAGUUCGAGGCUCUGCUAAAUCCAACUGACCUUUGAUCUACAUAUCCUAGGAGUAUCCUUUUGUCGUAGAUCUUGAGAACAGAUGUCGUCGCGGUCUCAAUUUUUCGAUCAGUGGAUACCGUCGUGUUUGGUAGAACGGGUAUAGCGAAAUUUGGGAUAGGAUAUGAUUUUAAACUGUAUCAUAAGUGUUAUGGGUCUCGUCACAGGUUUU